AUGGAGGAAUCUGGAGAAAAUUGGCCUUCUGAUUGUGAUAUGGGUUCAUGUGUUGACGUCAUUUUUGAUGAUGGUGAUGAUUUAAAUGAGAAGGAUUUAUCAGAGAAGAUGCUGGAACUUUCAGCCACCAUUCCUGACUCGAAUAAGAUUGACAAUGCUUCUAUCUUGGACAAGGCUAGAAACUAUGUGAAACAACUUCAAGAACGUGUUAAAGAGCUAGAAAAAGAUGCUGAAUCCAAAAAAAAUUGUAGCAAUAAUAAUGGAAUAAGUACUGAUAGUCUUCCUGAGGUCAAAGCAAUAGUGUCAAAAAUGGAAGUUCUCAUCAAAAUCCAUUGUGAGAAACAAAAUGGGGUCUUGGUUAAAAUAUUGACACACAUUGAAAAUCUUCAUCUUUCAGUAAAAAGUAGUAGUGUAUUGGAAUUUGGGAAAUCCACAUUUGGUAUAACCAUUGUUGCUCAGAUGGGUGAUGGAUAUAAUAUUACGGUGGAUGACCUAGUGAAAAGUCUCAUAACGGCGAUCUCAACAAAAUAG